AACGGUACCCAGUUGUUACACGGAUAGUCAGAACGUCAUUGACUUUUUAAUCGUCAUGGAUUAUAAAAUUAUUGGGUACUUGGCUGCUAUCCUAACUGUCACUCAUGCAGGAAUAAUCGGACCAAGUGCAGGAAUAAUCACUCCCAGUGGAGCCACAGUAGCAGCAGCGCUACCACCAACUGCGGCUGUUGUUAGAACCGAAAAUUUCGAUCCGAAUCCUCAAUAUAGUUUCAGUUAUAGCGUGGCUGAUGGUCUUACGGGUGACAACAAAGCACAAGAGGAAACUCGUAACGGCGACGUGGUUCAAGGUAGUUAUAGCUUGAUAGAACCAGAUGGUUCUCGUCGAGUGGUCUCGUAUGCUGCCGAUCCUAUCAAUGGUUUCAAUGCUGUUGUUCAGAAAGACCCUAGCAUCACGGUCAAGACUGCAAUCGCUGCAACACCGGUUGCUCCUGUCGCGGCAGCCGUGCGACCUGUUGUCGCAUCUCCCGUGAUUGCACGACCAACAUCGGUUAUUGCCACAGCUGCGCCUACUGUAGCUGUUCGUCCACAGGCUGCCCUCUUAAGUACUCCCUUACUGCGACAACCGUUGCUUGCUGGGCCAGCAGUAGCUACGACAAACGUAGUCGCCGCUAAUACAGGAUUAGUAGGUCUUGGCGUUGGUCUCGGAUUAAGACCAGGCUCCCUCUAUGGUACGCAAGCUCUAUUAGCGGGUGCUUAUGGUACCGGAGGUAUCGUUAAGGUUCAUUAAAUAUCGAUAUAACGGUAUACAAUUCAACUCGGCUCUAUUCAAUUCGACACGGCAUUACUUUAUUUCUUCCAAUUUUAAUCUACUUUGCUCUAACAUUCGUUUAAAUAAGAGAUCGAAUUAUCUUCGAAAACAUUGAAUAUUUAAUUAUAUAUAGAUAAUUAAAUAAAUUAUCAAUUUUUAUUUUUUAUUUCUUUUUAUAUUAUUAUUUUGAUAUGCAUAUAUAAUUCUUAUAAUAAAAAUUUAUAUUAUAUUUGAUCAUCAUUGAUAAGAUAUUGAUCAGAAAAACUUAAUCUAUUUUCGUUUCAACAUUUUUAUUAUAAUAAGAGUUUCGGAACAGCUAUUAAUAGUGAGUUGAUAGAAAUAUAUUUAUGGCAAGCAAUAUCUUCUUAUCUUAAGAAUAAUUAUAUUAAAUUGGUUAAUUUAAUUUACUUAAAGAGCAAAGUUGAGGUCGUAAGGAUAAAUAUACAUAAGAAAAAGUUUAUAUGCAUUAUAUGCAUUCUGUGACACAAAUAAAUGAUUCCAUUAUCACACAACGAUGCAUAUUUUAUAGAUUAUGAGUUUCGUUAACGAAGGAAACCAAUUAAACUCAUUAGGAGGCAAAUCUUUAUCUACUGCUUCUAUUUACUCGUUAGUUAUAUUCAUUCGUCUAUCAUACUCGUAAAUCUCCAAAGAUUUAGAAAGGGUAUACUAAAUAGUAAUAAUUUCCAAGAUUUAGAUAUAAUUAACGCGCUACGGUU